AAUUAGUUCUUCUGUGCACACUGCUGUCAGUUCAAAAACACUGUACACGUCACGUGACCACUUUUCAACGAUAUAAGCAGCCAACAGUUUGUUAAUACUGUGUGUAAGUCGGUCACACAACACAGUUUUAUUCUACAUCAGCAUGGAGAUCGCCGGCAAAGGAGUUUUUCUCACUGGAGGUGCCAGGGGCAUCGGCAGAAAAAUCAUAGAAGCUCUGCUUGCCAACGGGGCGAGGGUCCUCUUUUGUGACAUCGACGAGUCAGUAGGUCGAGAGACGGAGUCAGAGCUGAGGAAACAGUAUGGCGACGACAGGGUCAUCUUUCAGCAGUGUGACGUCACUAAGGCUGACCAGUUGAAAGCUACAUUUGAUAUGGCUGUCUCGAACUUCGGGGCUGUGGAUGUCUGCUGCAACAAUGCGGGCAUCAUGGACGAGAGUGUGCCGGAGAAGAUGAUCGCCAUCAACACUACUGCUCAGAUUCGAGGAAGUCAGUUGGCCCUGGAACACAUGAGGCGUGACCGCGGAGGUCGUGGUGGUGUCAUUGUCAGCACUGUGUCGAUGGGAGGUCUGAUAAGCUCUUGUGUCGCCCCAGUUUAUGUUGCCAGCAAACAUGCAAUGAUCGGUUACAUGCAAAGCAUGGCGUUCAGUGUUUACCAGAAAGAACAGGGUGUCCGAUGGAUUAGCCUCUGUCCCUUUGGUGUCAACACAAACUUCAUUUCGCCGAAAGAAGAACAAGUUAUUGACAAAGAUGUAUUUCUGGCCACACUUGAUGUUUUCGGCGUGAUUGAACUGGAAGAUGUGGCUGGAGCCUUUAUGCGGCUUCUCCAGAAUGAAAACAACAACGGCGCCAUUAUGGAAGUAUCUCCACAGUUCAAGGCAGGGCGAUAUCUAAAGAGAAUGCUUGUGGAUGAGGAUGGCAUUUCUGACCCAGUCCCUGCCGACAAACCUUUGAUUCUUGAGGAAUUGGCUGCUGCCAAACUUGGCAAAGCCACUUAGGUCUACAAUGAAAUAAAGAAGUCUGGGAUUGAG